GCUUGCCUUACUUUCUAGACUGUCUCACAUGACGGCGCUCUUGUGACUCGCAUUCCUCCCCAAAACACACCGACUUUUUUAGCUUCUUUCGCCAAAGUUAAUCCUCGCAGUGCCCCAACUUCGAGCUUGAAGCCUGCAGCUGCUAUUUUACACCAUAACCAGCGUUUCCCGUCGUUGCGAGGCUUCAAAAUUAGGAAAGUUGGGACGUUUUGUGCCCCUUCAAGCUUCUGGCUGAGCUGAGCUGCAGAGGGGAAUGGGAGCAGAACGGCCCAGAUCUAAUCAAGACUGAGUCCGUCUCACCACCUCCACUGAUGGCCGAGACGCCGCUGCCAGAGACCCGACGGUGCAUCUAUUUCUUCCUGUAUGAUCGGUCGAAGGUGCAGGAGGAGGGGGAUCUCACCAGGGCGGGGAUAUGCUACUUCUAUCCUGAAGAUACUCCAUUGGAUCAGCAGGAGCUGCUGUGUGGUCAGCUGGCCGGCGUUAGCCGCUGUGUUUCCGAGCUGUCGUCCUCUCCGGUCCGUCUGCUGCGGCUCCGCAAGAGCAAAUACGCCGUUCACAUGAGGGACAACUUCCUCUGGGUGCUGAGCUGUGUAGCAGACAUUCCUGAUGUUAGUGUUUGUGCAUUUCUGGAUCAGCUGAUUGACCUUUUCUGUUUCUAUAACGGCCCCGUCCGGCAGAGCUAUCAGUUACACAGUCAGGAGGAGCUGGCUCUGCGCUGGGCAUGUUAUCUCUCCAACCUGCAGGGCGGCUCCACUGAGCUGCACCACAUCUUCAGCUGCCUGAAGACCAUCGACUCCACACACAUUGACCCCCUGCUGCUGCUGAAGGCCGCCCUCAUCCUGCAGGCGUGUCAGCGCUGCCCCCUGGUGUUGGCGGGAUGCGUGCUGUACCGGGGCAGGGUUGUGAGCACACAGAUGGCUCCAGAGCUCACAGUGAAGGUGAUGGUGCACGAGACGGAAACUUACAGCCAGGACCACAGACUGAGAGCUAACGGUGUGACCUCCGGGGUUUCACCGCCGUCCAGCACGGUCACAACAACCGUAUUCCUGACCCCCUCCGAGCUGCACACACUGCACUGCCCCCCAGUGGACAACUCAUGCAGGUCCAACGGGGGCCCUCAGCCUCUGGCCCGUCCUAGGAAGUCCCGCCUCUCCCGCACUCUCUCUGACACACCAAUCGCCGAUCAGGACCCAGCUGAGUUGGACCCCGCCCACUUCCCGCCGCUGUCCUAUCAGACGCUCCCCUCCUCCCCUCGCUCCUCCCUUUCUGACGAAUCAUGCUUCAGUCCCUCCCCCUCACUGGUCAGCACGCCCCUCCGCUCCAGCCUCGUGAGCCGGUCAGAAGGAGGCACACCUCCUGAGUCACGUGACCGCGGUCUGCCCAAUGGGACACUUCCGAGUAAGGUCACAGGGGGCAGUGUAGGUGGAAGUAGCGGAGUGAGCGUCCAGGAAGGUGAGCGGUUGGAUUUGGAGAGCGAAACCAAGAAUCCAAGUGAAAAUCCUGAAGUUUGUUCGCUCCUGAAUGGACAUCGUUCAGAGCAGGACGACUUCAGCCACCAGCUGAGCGAGAGUUUAGCCAAACUGGGGCCGGUAAACGACCAGUCCAGCGGCAGGAGCGGCCAGGGAGGGGAAACGGAGCGGAAUCAGGCGAAGGAGAGCAAGGAGACAGGUGGAGAGGCGGCCAGGGACUGCGGGGCUCACUCUGAAGCGUCUCUGCAGCCCAUGCUUCUGUACCAGCACCGGGUCAGGGGCCUGGUUCUAGCUCUGCUGGUGGAGCCGAGCUUCAACACGCACCCUAGUGCCAAGGAUGAAGUGUAUCACAGCAGUCUGGCCUCUCUGAACGGCCUGGAGGCUCAUCUCCGGACGACCUCCCCCGGGACCCCCGGAGCUCAGGGGCCAUACACCUUCGCACACUAUGACUGCAUCCAGAACACGCUCACCACGAACGUUUGCGGCCGUUCCGCUGGUUCUCAGGAUCGUCCGUUUGUGAAGGCCACGGCUCUGCUGCACUCGCACUUCUCACACUCGGACACGCUGCAGGAGGCCAUCGUCAGGAACGCCGGCUGUGCCGUGUACGGGACCCGCACUGCGGCGCAGGAGACCUACUUCCUCCAGCAGGGGGCGUCCUCCAGAAACUCCGGGAUACCCAACGCCCAGGACAGCGCUUUCUCUCUGCCCAGUAAAGCUCGGCACCGCCUGCUCAAACACGGGGUCAACCUGCUCUGACCUGCUUCCUCACCCCCCCCCGCUCAGAGACGGAGGCCACGUCGGUCAAGUUUUAUAUAUAUUUUGUGUUUUGUGUAUAAUUUGAAGCCGCGCUGAGACCAGCACACACACGCACUAAAUUAUAGAUGCCUGGUUAUUGAUUAUGUAUCGUCGUGUCGUCUGCUGCUGUACAGAGUCUCCGGAAGUGCACCGAUGAGCGAGAGAGCCUCUCCUGAGUAGCUGCUAAUUACGGAUAUAUGGAAGCAUGUAGUGUUUUAAGCUCUUUUCUAAUGCAUUUCUAAUAAAUUGAAUUAUUGUAGUACUA